CCCUCUACUGGACGGAACUGAACACUGCAUGUCCUUAUAUGGUCACCAAGUGACAUCCAGAGGGCCCGCCUUUUCCCGCUGGCUGUGGCCGGGGAAGGCUUGAGGGAAUCAGGAUGCAGAAAACUAGAAGUGUCGGUCCGACAGCAAAACUCGGACUUAACGGUCCACCUCGGAGAUCAUGAUGGGAACCUCGGGCUUCAGGUGAACCGGGCCGACAUGGACUAAGCGGAGCGGGAAGCGAGUCCCGGUCCAGUCCAGGGCGGUGUCAUGGCGGCACGCUUUCUGGACCGCCUGAAGCGCUCUCUGUUCAAGACCGGCCCGGGCGCCGACCCGGACCAGGAGGACGGCGAGGGGCGGGGCUUCAGCGAGGAGCGGUGGGAGGCGGAGCUGGAGGAGGAGGAGGAGUGUGUGACGGAGCGUCUCCGGGGAACGCUGUGCUUCGACGACGGAGAGCUCGGCGGCGAGGACGGCAGCGAGGCGAUAGACAGCGACUCGGACUUCCUGGGCGAGUCGCUGGAGGACGGACUGAGCAGCACAGACGCCAGUCCGGUGGGCGUGUCCCCCGUCGGCCCCGCCCCUUCCGGCCUGCUGACCCGACAGCUCCAGGACGGCUGGCGGACCCUCCGCGGACUCGGCGGGUCGAGUCCCGGCCUCGGCGUGAGGCGGCCGGCGGACGGGCUGCUGUUCGAGGUGACUGACGCCAGCGUAGUUCAGGACGGCGCCGCCAAGUAUGUGCUCUACACCAUCCAUGUCAUCCAGUCUGGAGGCAGCGACAAGAUGCCCGCUGUCAUCACCCGCCGCUACUCCGACUUCCAGCGGCUCCACGCCACGCUGAGGCGUAACUACGGCAACCAGAUGGAGCGCGUCUCGUUCCCCCGAAAGAAGCUGCGCAGGAACUUCACGGCGGAAACCAUCGCUAAGCGGAGCCGGGCGUUCGAGCAGUACCUCUCUCACCUGUGUUCGCUGCCCGACCUGCGGGGGGCGCCGAGCGUGCGGCAGUUCUUCUACCUGAACGACCUGCAGGCCGGCCAGCUGCUCAUCAGAGCUGAACAUUUCCAGGAGGCUUUGGGUCCGCUUCUCAAUGCCAAGAGACUCCAACACAAGCUGGGCUGGGCCAGUUACCAUGACGAUGAGACACAGGCCCCGCCCCCAGCCUCCUCCCAUUGGUUCUUCACCCUGGUGGGGCUGGCUUGUUGUUUCCAGGAGGUGGAGCAGCUGGAGGAGGCUCUAGAGAACUGCGAUCACGCUCUCCGCAUGCUCCUUCCCCCUGAGGUGCAGGAUAAGCCCCUCCCACUGCAGGACAAGCCCCUCCCCUUCCAGCUGGGCGCGGCUCUGCAGUCCCUGGCGCUGCCGCUGCUGCAGGCGGUGAUCCGUCUGUCGUGGCAAACAGGAAGAGACAAACAGCGGUGGGAGGAGCAUCUGCAGCAGCUGGAGGGGGCGGGGCCAGACGACCAUGUGACAAUCAGGGACUUCCUGGUCAAACACAAACUGCAGGAGAGCGAUGUCGAUGGCUGAGGCGGCGCGCAGCGGGAAGCAGAGACUCCUGCUUCCCGCUGCGCGCAUUUAGUAGAAAAAGCAAUAAAGUGAGAACAGUUUUUGGUUUUGGAUGGAAAUGAAAUGUAAUCUGAGCCGCCGCCCAGAUUUAGAUCCAACAUGGAGGACGGCUUGACUGCUGCUGACAGAAGCAACGCCGCAGUUUCUCCUUCUGGGAAACGACCUGAAACCUCCUCAGAGUUUCACUUCAGCUUUCAGCCAGACCACCUGACCCUGAUCUGACUGAAAACAGUUCAACGGCUGCUGGGCGGCGGCGCCCCCUGCAGGAUCCCCAGCCUUCAGGCAGAAACCUGGCUGCGGUUGCCACGGAGACCCCGAGUGAUGACUAGAUGUUGGACAGAAAUAGAUGUGAGGAUUGAUUUGCAUCAGCAGUUAAUGUGACAAUCUGACGGCUGAUUGGUGAACAAAGGAUGACAGAAGGGAGAAAGUUCACAGCAUCAUUCGUUCAUAUGAAUGAAUUUAAAUGUUUACUCCAUCAAUCAUAACACAGCAGUAUUAUGACUCCAUAAAGCUCCAUAUUUCAGUGGCACAUUUUCAAUCAAAAACAUGUUAAAAUAUUAGAAAAAUAUUCAAAAUAGUUGAAACUAUAAUUACUGAAGCAAUUAUUUCUGUCUGCAUGCAGUUCCACAUUGCGGUCAGAAGAGGGCGGAGUUUCAGCACUGAGAGACUAACCUGAACUUCCUGCUCUUUGGUACUUUGAAUAAAUUAAAGUGAAUUUUCCGUUAAUUUUAAUCAUUUUCAGUUUAUCGUUAUUUCAGGUCAGAUGAGGGAGAAUUUCUCUACAUGUCAUUUCAAUUCGUUUACUGAUAACCUGAAAAACCACAAAGAAGGGAAAAUAAUUAUAUUUAUUAUCAUUUGUUGUGUCCAGAUUUAUCACUGGUUUGCCUUUAAUAUUUAGUUAGUCAACUUUCUGCUGGUUUAUGUUUCAGAUCAUUUUCCUGCUGCAGCUGGUUUUGUCUCAGUUUAUGGUUUGUAAUGGAAGCAAAAAGCAUUUUUGAUCAAAAUGAAGUUUAAAAAUAAUUUAAUUUCUUUUAGAGGCUGAAUAUAAAGUAACAACGUUAAAACGUAGUUAUGUACUUAUUAGAUGGAGACAUUUUAUUCAGGCUCCAGCCAGCUUGAGAUGAAAACUUCUGGUUUCUAUAGCAACGCAACAACUUGUGCCACAGCCAGCCUCUAGGGGGCGGUAGGUACCUCCGGACAGCUAUAGAGAGUUUAUUUAGUUUCAGAGAAGUUUGGUUGGAUUUAGAUGAAAACAAAAGUUGAACUUGUUUUGUCGCCUGAAACCUAAAAACUAGAGUUUGUCUUUUAAAGGAGGAACAAAGUUUCAUGUCUCUGUUUGUCAGGGAGCGGAAAGACAGACGCUCCUUCCUGUGGAGAAUAUGUAACGUGUUCUGAUUUCAGAAAAUGUAUCCAAAUAUGUUUUUAUGGAAUAAAACUUUUAAUCAUUGAA